GAAUCGGGCUUUCCUGAAUGACCAGCUCGAUCCGCGGCCACGGCGGUCGUGCGAAUUGCUCGGCGGCUGAGUGAGUGAACACCGAAGCAGCGGCGGCGGCGGCGUUCGUUUGGUUCGUUUGGAAGGGGCCUUGACCGCCUCCGAGAGUGUGUGUGUGUUGGUAACUUGCGGUGCGAUGGGAAGCCACCACUUUGACUGACGAGUUGUUGUUGCUUCCUCCUGGCCCGCAGUCGCCUCUCAGCUCCGCGAGUGACCCACGGAUCUGCCUGCUUGCCGACCUGCCAGAAACCAACGAACAUAGACAUGGGACGUCGGAAGGCCGCAACUCGCGCGCUCAUGCUGAUCACUCUCUGCCUGGCCAUCACAGAGAGCCUCUCAAAUGCAAUCACGUUUCCCCAGGAUAACUCAUCUUCUGGGCAACGAGAAAGUCUGAUUCUGCAGAAGGAGCAGCAGCUCUUUAUGAGAGAGCAAGCGCUCAAGAAAAAAGAAGCAGAGCUGGCAAAUCGGGAACAAAUGCUUGCCGACCGACAUACGCUAGUCAUAGCAGACACAAGAAAAAAGCCUCAAAACACAUUUGUGCCCGAACCCAUCCCUCCACGUGCGGGUGCGACGGUGCCGGCAGGGACUGCUUUGCAGGCUGAGGUUGCCACCCCACCUUCAAAUGAUCUACAGGAAUUCUUCAGCGGACUUUCCAACUUUUCACUUGACAUGCUUCAGCGCCUGGCGAAAAGCGAGACGAACGUCGCGUUUUCCCCACUGACUACGUGGGUGCUGCUCUCCAUGAUGAGCGAAGGCGCCGAGGGCGCCACCCUGAGGGAGUUGCAGACGACGCUGGCCCUUCCCCAGGACAAAAACUCGACAUACCGCGGCUUCGAGGCCAUCAGGAGUGAUAUCAUGCAAAUUAUGAAAGGCAACUCGCUAAUUAACUUGGGCUCGGCUGCUUUCACGAGUCCUUCGGUCAAGCUGGAGGAAGACUUCAAAAGGAUUGCAGAGGUUUGCUACAACACAAGCAUGGAAAGUUUGGACUUCAGAAACACAACUUUUGCCGCCAGAACAAUUAACAAGUGGGUGAAUGAUCUCACGGCGGGAAAUAUUCACGGCAUCGUCUAUCCGACUGACCUGGUGAAUGCCAAACUCGUAUUGACCAGUGCGCUCUACUUCCGCGGCUCUUGGAAGGACGCGUUCAAUGAGAGCUUGACCAGACGCGAGCCGUUCAUGGACGACUCGGGCACCAGGGUGGCUGAGGUCGACAUGAUGUACCAGGUGGGCCGGUUCAGACUCAGCUUCAUCGACGGGCUCAAGGCUAUGGCCCUCGAGCUGCCCUACUCGAGCGAGCGAAACUCCAUGCUUCUCCUGCUGCCCAGGCGUGGGAGCACCCUCAACGAGCUCCUCUCCAACAUGGCAAACUUUUCCCAGCCUUUUGUUCCCACCAUUAUGAAAAAGCUCGCCGAUGACGAGCUGGCCGACACGGACGACGAGGACAUUCACGUUUACCUGCCAAGAUUUGAGCUCAGCACCAAGCUGCAGCUGGUUGAUCUGUUGAAAAAGAUGGGUAUCAAAGGUCUAUUUACGCCGGGCCGACGCGAGUUGAAAGGCAUUUCCUCAUCCUUGGACCUGUAUGUGUCAAACAUGGUUCACAAAGCAGGUAUCAACGUCAACGAAAAAGGAACAACAGCUCACGCUGCAUCAGCGGCCAUCUUGCACAACUACAGCCUGCCGUCCACCUUCAAAGCAAAUAAGCCCUUCCUCUUCAUGAUCAUUCAGCGAGCAACAAACGCGAUAUUAUUUGCUGGAAAGGUAGGCAACCCGGCACCCAACACACAGAGGCGAAGGGUUUCCAAGUAGGAGAUGCUACGCGACCUAUUUGCAUUUAUCUGCUUCAGCACGUUCACUGUGCUAGUUGAUUAAUUUGUAAAUUUCGUGUUUCCUCUCAACCCUGCCGAAAGAUCACGCAAAUUGGCAUUUUUGUAGUUAGAAUUAAGGAAGAAUUAAUGUUGUAGUGUAGCAAACAAUAAUAAUUAAUAUUUCUUUUUU